CUUAUAACAAGGUGCAAUAACACUUUGCUCCUUUAUCGUCGGAGCUUUCCUCUCUCACGUGUUCUUAUGUUCCAUAUAGAGGCCUUUUCGCGACUGCGAAUGAAACUCGCGAUUUCGAAUUGAAUUUAUAUAUUUUUCACCCGGAACCGAUGCGGUCAUGUGGGUGUAAUGAUAUCGAGGAGUGUAUUAUCAUCGAAACGAGCGCAUACCGCGCAGAAAUUGCGUUCUGAUGGAGACAGAGCGACGUCCGCGUAUCGAGUGCAAAUAUUCUAUUUCGAUGCGAUGCAGCAUGAUGCCGAGCUUCGUGAAAAUAGCUUUAUCUCCUGCAUUUUUGAUUGAAUAUUAAUAUCGGACGUAUUCUCGUAUGUAGGUUGGAACGUAAACACACGCAGAUGCAUAUAUACAUAUAGGUAUAGGGAUAUGGGUAUGCAUCGCAUCGGUGUUUUAUUUUAGCGCGUCUUCGAAGCUGCUCGUAUAACACUGAAUAUUUCUCUCUCUGCCUCUCUCGCUUGGCGUAUCUUUAUCGAGUUCAAGGCUGCUCCAGGAGUAAUGGGUCUGAUUUAAAAUUCGCCGAGGCUUUUGAUCGGCGAUUUGCUCUGUGUGUAGCAGAGUUUCUUUUCCGGAUUUCGCACGUUUUGUCGAUAAUCCGAUGCAUUAUUUCGCGAAUAUUUUUUUACGCUUGGGAAAAUGCGUUGAUGGAGCUUAUCGAGGGAUUGGAGGUGAGGUUACAGUUAUUUUUGGAUUUCGAAGCAUCGAUUAUUUUAUCUGUAUCUGUACUAUAUCUGUUAUUAUUACGAGAAAAAUCACAGUUUGGGGGAAUAAGAUCAAAUUUAUUCAAACGAAAUAUAGUUUUGUUCAUUAUUCAAUAUAAAAAUAACGAGAAUUUUUCGUAAUACUCUUCUCGUAAAUAAUUUCCAUCGAGUAACCGAAUUUUCGUUAUGGGUCGUUUCAUCGACGUAAAAUCGAGCAAAUCGCCAAAGUUCUGCCUGUCUCUGGUACUAAAUUACGACAAAAUCACAAUCAAAUAACAACACACUAAACCUUCAUUCAAUACAACAAUCUAGAAAAAGAAAAAAAAAUCACCGUAUAGCCUCGCUUCCACGACAAACGCGCAUUUUUCCGCAUGAUGUCACACACACACACACACACAGCCCCGAACACGUAACACCGGCGCGCGAUAAUCCGCAAUCGAAUCCCGCGCUUCAAAGGCAACAAUCAUCGAAGCUUCGCAGCUCCGAACAAUUAAAAAAAAGAAGAGUAUACACCCGGGAGCCGUGCAAUUCACCUUCCGUCUCCGGAAAAAUGAUCGGCACGCAUCCCAGCUCCCCACUCCGAUAGCCUAUACACAGCACACACAUCGUCACGAGUCAGCUCUCUUUCAUCAGUCCUCGCUCGUGUCUCCUCGUGUACGCACAUGUGAUAUACUUACUACGCUUUCGUCAAACUCUUUUAGAGGGUCGAUGAUCGAUUGCUGUCGUCGUAUCAGCCUCUAAUCGAAGUUUUCCGAUCACCACCGCGAUGCUGCAGCCUCGGCCCCACUGAGAGCACAUCCGCGUGAGUGAGAGAGCCGAAAACAGCAUCAGACAGAGAGCGAGGAAAAGCGAGGAAAAGAGCUAAAACCGAGCCCGGACAAUCUCGGGGCUCGCGUGUGUAAGAUGUCAAGAGGGAGUGGGCGGCACUGGAGGCGAAGAAGGUGACGGGUGGGCAGAUCACCCAGGAAAGACAGCAGCAGGACAGUCUAGACUACUACGAGGACGACAAGCUGGUUCUACUCGAGAUGGACUCGGUUGCCGUGACGGUGCCGCUAAGGCCGCCCGCCAAGAAGAUGAAGAAACGCAAGGAACUCGAUGCCCUUGCACCACCUCACGCCGUCUCCAGGCGCAGCUCCGGCAAGCGCAGCUCUCAGGAGCUACUAUCGGACAGCAGCGACGAGCGCUCGGAGUACUGGAACGUGUCGACGACGCGCGGUGGUACGCGCAAGGCGCGCAGUCGCGAAGCCGGCCGAGGAGCCUGUCCGGGUCUACUGAGAGCCUGUAGCGUCUUCCUCGGCGGCACCAUCGUCCUCGUCACAGCCAUCCUCAUCUGGCUCUUCAUCGACGUGCGCCAGCAGCUCACGGUCCUCAGGGCCGAACUUGAUCAAGUGAUCGCAGGCAGCGAAGGUGUUCCUGAUGCCCUGCAGACGUGCCACACCCUCGAGAAGAAUUUUACAACCAAUAUAAAGCACAUUACCGAUGAAAUUCAAAAGCUCAAUCGAUCGAUCAACAGUUUUUCCGGCCAGGUAUCCAGCCUUCAGCAGGAGCUUCAACAGGUGCAAGUGUCGUUAAAGUCUGCUCCCGAAUUAACGAGCGUUCCCGAUACUGUUAAGGUUCUGCAAAACAGUAUCGGCCUGUUGGAACUCGAUAUACACGAAUUGCAGAUUAACUACAAAAUGGUCAAGGACAGUACUUUCAGCCUUCAGCAGUUCCAGGAGCAACAGAGGGAGAGUUUGUCGAAGAUACAGAAUACCUUGACGGGCCUAUCCAACAUAACGCAACCAACGCAGUCGGUGCCGAGCAAUGAAACACUCGUGGAAACGAAGAAACUGUGGGAUGCUGUCGCAGAGCUGAGCAAAAAUCUAACGCACAUCAACGAGACGCUAACCACGAACAUAACGUGGGCUCAAGAGGACAUCUCAAAGGAUCACAAAACGGUAGUGUCGCUCCAGGACAUGGCCCAAAACGCGAGUGCGCAAAUACUCACGUUACAGCAGGAGUGCAUCAAGAGGAAGGAUCAGGAAAUUCUUCAGAAUCUAUUGCAAUCCCUGUCGAGCCGAGUUGAUAAGCUUUCCAGCACGAAAAUGAAUCAAGAGAGACCUCAGCAAAUAGAGCAGAUGUACAGCGUCUCGAAAAAUUCUACCGACACACUAAUGUCUUCGUUGAUAAAUUCUCAAGCUGCAGCCGGUUCACCAAACGAGCAAGUACCCGCGCAAAAGAAACUGGAUAACGUAGAAAGCACAACUACAGCUAGCUCGCAAGCAUCAGUUUCUCAAGUGGCCAUGUCUGCAAGUUCGUCAACGCCCGCUAAGCAGCUUUCUCUUCAUUAAAGGAAUAAUCGAACUUAGCGAGAGAGGGGGAGAGGAGCGAUUACAUACAUAAGAAAAUAGCCAAAUACAGUAUGCGACAGAUCGAGCGUGCGAUUUUGAUUGGAAUUUUGUUCGCACUUGUACAUAUUUAACGAUUAUUAGUUGCGUCGUUAUAAAUAUCUGGAGUACUUAAUAUGUUGAUACGAUUAAGCGUUAACAUCAGAUUUUGAAUGAUGUCUUUUUAUUCGAAAGCGACACACACACACACACCGGGAAGCAAGUUUUGCGCGUAUCGCGAUAUGACUUGCCUCGUUUGUAUAGCCAAGCACCGUACGAUUCGUUUGCAUGAUUAAUUUGUGACCAAAGCUAUAAACGUCAUGUCCCUCUUUGGAUUGCGUGUAUUAUCGAGGCUGCGUAGGUGCCAUUCCAAAGACAUGCAUAUAACGCUCGAAGUACAAAGGAUAAGGCUACGCAUAUAAUGAUGUAGAGGGAGAGAGAUCGAUGCAUCUCGGACAGGUCCUCGCGCACGUUGUGCGUGCAGAGAAAGAGAGAAAAAGGGCGCGCAUUUACAGCUUUCUUAGCUCUUUUACAAUCAUCGAUGAUAUGCAUAACAAAACCAAACGACGCAUUUUGCAAGAUAGUAAAAAGAAAUAACUCUUUCCUACCGUUCAAUUUUCUUAUAGAAUUCGACAGACUAGACUUUUUACUCCAUUUUUGAGGGAUGCAAUUUUAGAUUUUCAGGCCCCUUAUUCCGGCCCAUUAUCUGUGAUGACACUUGCGUUUUCUUUGCGAGAAAGAGGAGACAAUUGUUCUUCGGUGUUUAGCAUAGUUUGAAUAUAAGUAUAAAUAUAUAUUCUCAAAGAAUUCGUAUAUUGUACAAUAAUUCUUACAAUGAGUCACAAUGAGCAUCUAAGAAGGCAUUUGAAUGAUUCGUCGUAUGUUUGAAUUCCCAGGUUACGAAUUUUCAUUGAGUGAAAGAGUGAUUUCACGGGUAGAUUUCUUUCUUAUACUUUCUCUACAUCCUUCCCUUUCUUUAGGAUCGUCACAUUAUGUAGAUUGAUGAGUGACUGCCGAGUUUGUCACUAACGCUUCUAGUAAUUAAAAUACUGGACGGUUGAUAUAUUGCGAAAAAUAUAUUGAAAAUAAGAAAAAAAUAAUAGAACAACAUCGAACAGCAGCCUGCUGACUAAAUAGUCAAAAAAAAAAAAAAAAAGAUUGUAUGUACACGUACAAGAGAGCAGCACCAUUAACAGUGUGCCUCUGAUUUCAGCUAUCGACUCGACUGACUGUGAACUUUUGACUUGCUCAACACAAUAAUAAUGUUGAAUUAUGUUAAUAAUAAAACGAUUUAAGCAAUAAU